GUCAGCUGUUGAGUGUUGACGACGGACGUCAAGUUGAACUUGCCUUUGCAUGAGUGAUUGUUACUAUGUGCGCUCUGAACUUUCAACUAUAAAUUAAAAUAAAAUAUUAAAAUUAAGUUGGGUUGUAUGCAUAAAAUGUUUGUGUAAAACUUUUAUAAAAUGAAGGUCUUAUUACUGCUACUAUCAAGUUAUUUAUGUAGUACUGUCGCCUGGGACGACGGAGAUUUUGAAGUAUUUGACGUGGUAGAAGAAGUUAACCAAAAUUUUUAUGAAUUAUUAGGAGUUGCUCAGGAUGCUUCACAAAGUGAGAUAAAGUCUGCAUUCAAAAAGCUAACAUUAAAACUUCACCCAGACAAAAAUGAUGCUCCUGAUGCAGAUGUGCAGUUCAGGAAUUUAGUAUCAGUUCAUAAUGUAUUAAAAGACCCAGGGAAAAGAGAAAAAUACAAUGAGGUGCUCAAAAAUGGUUUGCCAAACUGGAGAUCAGCUGUCUAUUAUUAUAGACAUGUUAGGAAGAUGGGCCUGGCUGAAGGCUCUUUUAUAUUAUUUAUUAUAAUAACAUUUGGACAGUAUUUAGUUGGUUGGGCUGCAUAUGCAGAGAAGAGGUACACUGCUGAACAAAUACUUAACACAAGAGGAAAGAGGCAACUUAAGAAGUCUGGCUUUGAAUCUGGUUUAGCAGAAAUUUUAGAUCAGUUACCAAAACCUAGCAUAAAAGAUACACUCCCAUUCCAAAUACCUAGAGGUAUAUGGUGCGUAAUAACUAGUAUUCCAUAUGCUAUUAGUGCUUAUAAGGAAAAAAAGAGGGAGAAAGAGGAAGAAGAGAAAAGAAAGAAAAAGAAAGAAGAAGAAGACCGCGCCCGUGAGGCCCGGGAGGCGGCAGCGGCAGAGAGCCGGGCUGCAGCAGGGGGUGCCCGACGACGCCGGGGCUUCGUGCCGCCGGAGAGAGAGUGUCUGCUGGACCCUGCCGAUGAGCCUGAUGAGUCUGCUCCUAUCAUUGCACCCAUUAAAACGGCACCACCACCAAUUACUGGCGGUUUAUGGACUGAUGAUGAUCUGGCAGAGCUCAUCCGUCUGGUGAAGAAGUACCCACCUGGUGCUGCUGAAAGAUGGGAGAGAAUAGCUAGCAGCAUGAGCCGGAGUGUUGGUGAGGUGGUCCACAUGGCUGCGAAGCUGAAGGAGAACUGUUACAAGCUCCCUGGUCAAGAGCAAACUGAACCUGAGCCAGAACCACCUAAGAAGGUAAAAACUCGUAAAACUGUGGAAGAGACUAACAGCAGCGUGAGCAAUUGGUCGCAAACACAGCAGAAGGCGUUGGAGAACGCCCUCGCUCUCUACCCCAAGGGUGGCGCCGGUGACCGCUGGAAGAAGAUCGCUAACAACGUGCCCGGGAAAACGAAGGAGGAGUGCAUGCAAAGGUGCAAGUAUCUCUCAGACAUGCUCAGGAAGCAGAAACAGAAGGAAGAAGAAGACGAACAGAAUGACGCACAACCGGAUAAAACUAUCACCAAUAACAACAAGACCGACAAAGAAGACAUCACCAAUCACGUGAAUCAAGAGACAGUGACAAAUCGACCCGCUCAAAUAGUUGAAGAUGAAUCUAUUAUGUGAUUUGUUUGUGUUGUGAUUUAAUGAUACGGUACAGAGUAUGUUAAUAUAUAUUAAAUAAAAAGCGUGUAAAAAGGAGCAAAUUUGUUAAUGACACGGCAAUCCCGUGAAUCGAAAGCGUCCUAAUUGAAAUGCAUUUUGACAGUGACGUUUUACGCUGUCGCGUACGUGACAAACCCUAGCUUUCUUAUACUACUAUUAAUUUUGAUCACCUCGUAAGUAUUUUUAAAUCAUUUCAAUCCAAAUUAAAUUAUUUUAUUUAAAUUUCUGUUUUCAAAUCUUUUAUUGAAUGUCAAAAUCAACCAACCACCAAUUCGAAGUUAUUAUUAUAUUAUGAAUUAUGCCUGAAAAAAAGCGUAAACUCAACGAGUCUCUUUUUAAGAUGAAAUGCGUCGGUUUUGUACGCGAAAAGCUUUUUGUUUUGUAAGUAAGAAUACCAAAUCUACCGAAUAUAUAUUUAUAUAAAAAUAUAUCGAAAAUACAGGGUGGUUUUUUGAAAACUUCUCAUUUUAAGUAAUAUAUAUCUUGCCAAAAUUUUGAUCCUUAUCAGCAACAGAGUCCAUUGGUCCAAUAAUACAGGGUGUAUUUUUUUUGAAAAAUCAUUAGCGUCGAUUUCCGUCAAAAGUUCAAGAAAUUUUAAGAAACUAAAUAUGCAGUUUUGUUUUCUUAUAAAUCGAGGGCAUAACUCCUUUCACGACUUUUCUCGAAGACUAGUAGUUUCCGACUUGGCCAUCACCCUUCUCAAAAAACCACCCUAUAUAUUUUCGCCGACAUGAUGUUUUAUUAAUAAGGUAGAAUAUCACUUCUGCCCGUAGAAUCAACGUAUUUUUUCCAAUUUACUCUGAUACCUACCGAAUCGAUUGCAAGAACUGCUCUUUUUCAAACAUUAAAUUUAUCAUCGUACAGUUCAAUUAUGUGUCGUUUAUAUUUACAACGAUUUCAUCACAAGCAACGUAGUACAAAGGAAGGAUAAUAUUUUGAUAAAAAUGUAUUUGAGUGUGAUCACUUUCCAAAAUAUCCAUAAACGUAAUAAUGGCGUCUCUGUUUCUAAUUACUUAAGUAUAUAUUAUUAUCUCAUUUUGGAUUUAAUAAAAUUAACCGUUAACACAUUCCAGAUUCAAAUAUAUAAAAUUAACUUUUUAAGUUAACAAUAUUUAUAGAUUAGAAAACAGUCGUCCCGCAAGCAAUUAGCACUCAUAUCAUUUCUAUUACCUACCAUCUUAUUUCGAUUGUCAAUAGAUAAUAAGAUAUUACCAGUGAUUUUUUUCUAAUUGUCUAUAGUUAUUUCACAUUUUAUAUUGGUAUCUGUACAGAUUCAUAGACAAAAAAACAUUGCGUGCGUACAAAGUACACAUGUCAGAAGUGAAACCUGCAUGGUACAUGAACCUCUAAGUUUAAAGGUUCAUCAUGCAUAUGAAUUCCUGGUACGUGUUGCUAGGAUGGCACAUGAUUUCAACCGCUAUGAAAGAAAAUCCUACCACCACUAAUAUAUAUAAUAAUUAUAUUCUCCGCGUGUCUGUAGUAAUACGUCGUGCGCAAGAGUCAGAAUAUAUUAAGGUAUACUCGCGCCAUACUUAAGACAAUCUCUUCUUUAACUAUGAUCGCCUGGUACCAAAACAUUGUAUUAUGCUUCCUAUCUUAUUAUCUCCCAUGUUAAAUAUUAUGAAUUGAUGUGACUGCUCUUUUUACUGUCGCUUUUUCGUUUCAUCGACUUUCAAAUCACAACGAUGAUAAAGAAGUUUUCACUUCAAUAGUAUGCAUAUUUCUGUCUCAUUCUUUGCCGGCUUCAUCCUACACGUUUUUGUAUUUGUGUCUCUUACACAGAGUUUUUUCCGUUGCAUCCGGUUUGAAAUCACAACGAUUCUAAAGAAGUUUCACUUCGUCACUCAAUUUCUGUAACAUUUGUAGUAAUUUUCAAAAUAUUUCCAUCAUUUUUUGUAUCACGUUUUUAUGUCUGAGGUUAUGUAAUAUUUUAAACAUCCGAAAUGGAAUUAAAAAGCUCUCAAUGUAUGUGUUUUUAUGUUUGUUCAAUGAAUUAUACGAUAAAUUGACAUUGUU